GUGUUGGGAAUGGAUCCAAAAGCCGACAAUGGCACAACGCAAAUGUCGGCCCGCUACUACCACCCGCUACCGGUACGAACCUCAAGACCAUACUGGGGCUGAUCAGCGUCGUCUCCGGUGUCUCUUACCACAAUUUUUCUGGCUAGUUAGUUUGUAGCCACCAGGCCAACAGUAAUCGACGACCAGCAUGACAACCCGCAAGAGUCGCAAUGAGAUUGGUCCAUUGAUUCUGCAGCUCAAGGAGGCAUGUCGUCGUCCUCUGUUCACGGAAAUAGUUCUGGAUGAAUCGAAACAGUCCAAGGAACUUCAGGCCAUCAAAGAACAACGGCAGGAUCCAGACUCGACCGCAAUCUUGCCACCAGAAACGCAGAGUCUUCCUCAACCACUGUCGUCAUCCUCUGCUUCCAGCAAGCAGCAACCCUCCAAAGAUGCAACCGAAAAGAAAACAUGGAGAGAACUGCUGAAAGAAGCUUCCACUUUGCUACCCUACAUGACAGAUGAGGAACACGGCGAAAUAUCUCAUCUGGCUUCCAUUCUUCUACUGGGAUUCUUGUUGCCAUCUUCUACCGGCAAUGAGUACUUUCUCUUGCAACACUGCCUAGACGACAACCUGUCCAAACAAGAUAUUGCCACUGCUACAAACAAAUACAUUUUGGACAUGAAAUUGGAAGAACGUCUCGAGAAUACCUGCCGCCAUUACGCGGCAUUUGAGUUUGGCGAAUUUGACACACUCACCGAUGCCACGUGGGAACUCGCCUUUGACUCCUUCCUCCACCAAGGGCUGGCACCCUUUCUAUCGGGACGAACCGCACAUUACCAACACGUGGACUUGUUCCAUUUACUUGCCAUGGCCAUUCAUCCACAACCAGUGGCAGCAGCAGAGUUGGACGACGACGACAAGUCCAUGGCGCGUAGGUUCAUGAACAAUCGACACGCCCAUUCCUUGCAUGUCAAUUACGGACACCGACUCAAGAUCAUCCACAUGCUGAUCCAGAACAUGGUCCUUCCGGCUCAUGAUCCCAAUCUACCCAUGAUACACUGUCCCUUGUUUGAUGAUGCUCUGCCACAUUUGCGGGCAUCCUUGCACACGUUUGCUCAGGGAGCCGUCUCCAUGGAAGAGGCACACUUGGCACGAGCCGCCAUGUUGACCAUUGCCAUUCAAAGCAACCUCGUAACGAUGCGAAAAGAAGAAUGGGAUUUCUUGAUCAAUCGAAUGGUCGAUGAUCGGACGCGCUAUCCCGGUUGCCGCAAAGGUUGUCCACGAAUGUUGAAGGAUAUUGGACUGACCGUUCCUUGUGAUGAUAUCGACUUUUGUCCCCAUGCAGGAAGAGGCCGUCACUUGGCAGAGUUUCUGAUACGAACCUGUCAAUCACGGCGUCGUGCGGACAAUGUGUUUCUCCACGAAGCCUUUUCGUCCUUGACCGAUGCUAUUGAAUGGCAAACGCACUGUUGGAUGCAACCUGAGGAUGAAGAACCAUCGGAUAGCGAGGAAACACCCUGUAUGUUGGCUUCCUUGUUGUUUGCUGCCCGCGCCUUUUAUAAUUUCCUCCUGCCCGUGGAGGAGCUCAAGAACAGCAUCGAGCAGCAAGACGAAGCUCUAUUGGAAGCGGUUGGGAGACGCGAUGAUAUCAAAGCCUGUGCCAUCCAACUCUUACACCACUUUGACCCAACCAUUGCAAGUCAAGCAGCCGAGCUGUUGUCCCUGGCGCUGGCAUACGGCAAAAAAGAAACUACCACGGAAUGUGCCCAACAAAUCUACUUGACCCUUCAGGUAUCUCUCGACAAUCUAUGCUCGAACAAAACGGAAUGGAACCAGCAGCUUCAGUCGAGCCUCCGGAACGUUGUUUCGGCCACAUCCAGAUUGUCGCCAUCCUUUGCUCUCUCGUUUCUCAACCUCCUGUACAAAAAGGUAAAGGGCAUGGGACCCGUGAGUAGUGAUGCUGAUGACAAAGAUGUGGAAAUGAAGGAUGCAUCAGAGGACAAGGCGGCUACAAAACACAAAGAUGACAAAUCCAACAAGGAGCUGAAACGCAAAGCAACACAGAGACUCUACUUACUUCAGUUGGUAUCCACUACUGCCAUUGCAAACUCCGUCAUCGCAGCGGGAAAAACAGACACGUUGCUGGAACUUCUCAAGGAAGAGUCUGAGGAAUCAUUACAAAGCGAGAUUGUUGCAGCUCUUUUGGCUUGUCGGCAAGCGCGGUUCUUCGUGCAAGAAAAGGAUCCUGCUCGCGAUGCAGCACUCGGCGCCGUCAAGAAGAUGAGUGAUCGCUGGAGGCUGUAUCAGGUUGCCCGUUUGGCCUUGAGGACUGGUAGUUUUGCGGUUGCUAGUCGCUGCUACGGGCAACUCCUCCAAUCACCGUUGAGUGAGCGAACAUUUCUGUGGAUGAGCUCUCUUGCCAAUAUCUCCAACUGCGAACUGUGUCUGUCGAAGCAUGCGGCCAAAGGGAUCCCUUCAGCGACGAUUUCCAUGCGUGCUGCCAUGUCCAUGCUUUUGUCGCUCAAGGCGUUGGAUGGAUCGAUUGACGCGGAUUACAGCAGAACAAUCAGCAUUGUCAGUCUGCGGUUGGAUUUUCUGGACCUGCUGACUGGACUUCGCCAACUGAUUCGCGAAAUGAGACUGACUGGGGUUGGACCAGUCAAGCGAACCAGGUCAAUGAUGCAUUUCCAGAACAUUCUUAGGUGUUUCGACGGCCUGGCCAACCGAUACAGGCAGGUCUAUCAGCGGUAUGGCUUAUUCUGUUCUCAGCAGUCGAGAACAUCGUUCAGAACCCUGCAUGCUCUCUGCCGGUUUGUGGCUCGGUCAAUUCGAUCGGUGUUUUCGGAUGUCCACCCUUCACAGAAGAAAGAAGACAAUCUGCGUUCAACCGGGCCGCAAGGUGAUUCAGCUCUUGCCGUUGUACGGUUCAUGCUUCGUGUCGACGAUCAGCUGUUACAAAAGAUGACUCCAUCGACGGAUCUAGUGAUAAGGGCAGCAGCAAUGCUCGAGGUUGUUGAUGGAAUCCUUCUCUGCCCACCGCCUUUCCCGCUUGAACUUCUUAGCGUCUCGCGUCUUCCUCUCGGCGAGAUUCAUUUGUCAGCCGACCCCGAGUAUACCGGAAUCGAUGGAAGUGAUGGGUUUCCUGACGGACAAAGGCCAGAGCUUGGUACCAUCGAGUGCUACCCUGGCAUCGCAUUUGAUUUCUAUGCCACUGGGACGAUUCCGGCAUCGUUCCUAGCCAGCGCGAAGCUCUCCUUCUCGAUAAUCUUGCUGUGGCAUAGGGCCAGCUACGUUGGGCCUCUGCAGGAAGACGAGCACAUUGGCGACGAAAAGCAGGAGGACGAGGCCAUGGCAGAUGAGAAGCAAGAGGAAGACGCGGCUGCUGCUCCUCCUAAGGCCGUUCCAAGACCGUGGGACUACACACUGGCUUCCACGAGUAUGCUAGUGAGUGGCAAAUUCAGCUUUAAAGUGGAGUGCCCUCCUAUUCGAGAAGAAGGAAACUAUGUGAUUGACGUGAAGUUGGGUUGUCGUGAUGUAAGAGGAGGGGAAUGGGAAGUUGCCAUGAAGGAUGAAUUUCGGAAGAUGAAGGUACAGGCAACUCGCUCGAGCUGGCAUGGAUAGAUCGCCAGGUCUAAGGCACAUAAAACCGGGUAGAUCAAGAUCGUAGAGCUCGCUUUUCUCUGUGAAUUGUUGUUGUGUUGUUGAUGGAGGACAUCACUUCCGCCAGAAUUGCUUCGGCUUGAUGGACCUGUUGGGAACAGAAUGUCUUGGUGGUUGACUCGGUUUACGCCACGGUUUGUCGGUCAUAUCAUGAACUCGCUCGUUUACUUGCAUUCGUCUUGUCAUGCGCCGAAACCGCUUUGCAACCUUUUCUGGGAUGGACUCUAUCUCCCUGGGAAAACGCACCACAGGCUUGUCCACUAGAAACCGUCCGCCUUCCGGCAGUUCGAGAAGGUAUAGGCGAGGGCCGAAGUAAUAGGCCGCCGCUCCACCACCAACGAGACCACCUGGAAAAAGUGCCAUGAUGUGAGGAACCAAAGUAGGGACGGACACCAGGUUAAGCACCACAGUCUGCGACACGAAGAUGAAGUGCAGGGAUCAGAAUUUGUGAGUAUGCGAAUAGAGAGAGGAAGCCUUGGGCUGAUGCCCCGUGCACAUUGCACUUCUUGCACAAGAAGCGACUGUCACUCUGCAUACCUGCAGAAUUGCACUCUGCAUACUCUCACCCUGGCGGCCCAGCAACCAAUCAUUUCUUGCCAAGAAAACAAGCUGAGCACCAAUGAUACCAAAGACAGCACCGCUGGCUCCCAACCCAGGAUUGGGGGACUGGUAGGCGGACACAACAUUUCCAGCUACACCUGCUGCAAGGUAGGUGGACAAGUAUCGACUAAAAGCCAAAGCAGUAUCCGUACAGUGAGAAUUCAAGUUAGGCACAAAGAAUAGAAUCAAACGCUGGACAAGAAAGUAGAAUGUGAUGGACUGGCUUACCCUGGUCCAAACAACUUUUCAACCGAAGGGCCAAUGUUGUUCAGAGAAAACAUAUUCAUGGCGAGAUGCGGGAUGUUACCAUGCAGGAAGACGGGAGUUACUAGCCUGUACAGCUCUUCUCCUCGCAAUAUCUUGUCGCUCAUCUUGACACCCAUCUGUGUUACUCUUGGGAUAAAAGUUUGCAGGGCAAAGCAGAUCAAAUUGACCUGUUGGAAUGGAGUUCAGGACAGUGAAUAUGAGUCGAGCCCAUAGAACCCACAAGCAAAACCUAAAUCACCAGUCUGCUGUUAUGCAUCCAGACUUACAAUGAUCAACUUUGAACUCAAAUUGUACUUUCCUGGUCUUCGUGUCUUGAAGUUUACAUUCCAAAGCCGAGCCUUGGCGUCCGUCUUGAACUCGUCCAGGUCCAUCCAUUUCCCGCCGUAGUCUCUCCGAGAUGGCGCUUGCCGGUACAUGGAUAUGGGAAUGGCUGUCCGAUGGUUACCGCCGCUAGACGUCCAUCCUGAUCGACGAGUCCUUCUGCGCUGCGACGCAGGCUGACCCCACGAUGGCCGUCCAUACAGAGGAUCGUGUGCCGAGGAGGGCGCCACACAGAAAGAUGCCAGGAUCAAUGCCAAAGGUGCGAGGUGCUUCAUGAUACCGAUGCAAUGACUACCGUACCAACUCGUCCUAACUAAUACUAGUAAGCUGCUUCUCUGGCUGCAACAAUAAAAUGGGCUCGGCUUGACUCUUCACUUAUCUAAAAGUGGUUGCCGUUUCACAAAAAUCUGUGAGACCUUCACACUUCACACAGACCUUCUACGGUAUGCUCUCUGCCUUGUGUCUUUCUCCGUCGAUGCUUGAUGGGACAUUGGUUUCAAGUUGAUUGAUGCCGACACGCCGACUGCCAACGACUGACGUCACGGAAGAGCAAAAGAAUGUGAAGCUGUCAGAAACCAAUAGCCCAAAGUUAUUCUCUGUUUAAUAAAAGAAGCGUUCUAAUAAGUCUUUAUCUAUCUCUUUUCCAUUACUAGUACAGCGUAGUCAGUAC